UCUUCGUCUGUCUUUGGAUUAUUUUUCUCCACUGUUCACCACACUCGCCGGCCCACUGUUUUUUCUCAGGCAUCACAGUUCCCCACAAUGUCGGACCUUGAGGCCCCUCUUCGUCCGAAGAGAAAGAAAGGGUUGGUUGACUUCCUGGUGAAUUUCAGAUGGAUCGUUGUCAUAUUUGUUGUCCUUCCCUUCUCUUUCUUGUACUACUUUGCAAUCUAUGUGGGGGAUAUGAUAUCCGAGAGCAAGUCUUUCAAGAAAAGACAGAAGGAACACGAUGAAAAUGUUAAGAAGGUUAUGAAGCGUCUGAAAGAAAGGAAUGCAUCUAAGGAUGGUCUUGUCUGCACAGCUCGAAAGCCCUGGGUUGCUGUUGGGAUGCGUAAUGUGGACUAUAAGCGUGCCCGCCAUUUUGAAGUUGAUCUUUCUUCGUUCAGGAACAUCCUUGAUAUUGACACCGAAAGGAUGGUUGCCCGAGUUGAGCCAUUGGUCAAUAUGGGCCAAAUCAGUAGGGCCACUGUCCCAUUGAAUGUUUCCCUUGCAGUUGUUGCUGAGCUUGAUGACCUGACAGUUGGCGGUCUGAUUAAUGGGUAUGGUAUCGAGGGUAGCUCGCACAUAUAUGGACUGUUUUCUGACACUGUUGUAGCAUACGAGAUUGUUCUAGCAGAUGGAGAAUUAGUUCGGGCAACAAAGGACAAUGAAUAUUCUGACCUUUUCUAUGCCGUUCCAUGGUCUCAGGGUACUUUGGGGCUUCUCGUUGCAGCUGAGAUCAAGCUUAUACCGAUUAAGGAAUAUAUGAAAGUGACUUACAAACCCGUAGUUGGUAAUCUGAAAGAGAUUGCUCAAGCAUACAUUGAUUCAUUUGCACCCCGAGAUGGAGACCAAGACAAUCCCGAUAAGGUUCCAGACUUUGUAGAAACCAUGGUAUACACUUCCACCGAAGCUGUGUGCAUGACGGGUAAAUAUGCUUCUAAAGAAGAGGCCAAACAGAAGGGGAAUAAGAUUAACUGUGUUGGUUGGUGGUACAAAACGUGGUUUUACCAGCAUGCCCAAACAGCACUAAAGAAAGGCGAGUUUGUCGAAUACAUCCCGACGAGGGAAUAUUACCAUAGGCAUACAAGAUGUCUGUACUGGGAAGGUAAACUCAUCCUGCCAUUUGCUGAUCAGUGGUGGUUUAGGUUUCUUCUUGGGUGGUUGAUGCCACCGAAAGUUUCUCUACUCAAGGCUACUCAAGGCGAGUCCAUAAGGAACUAUUAUCACGACAAUCAUGUCAUUCAGGAUAUGCUUGUUCCUCUUUACAAGGUUGGAGAUGCUCUCGAGUGGGUUCACCGCGAGAUGGAGGUAUACCCGAUCUGGCUUUGCCCACACAGACUAUACAGGCUCCCCAUCAAGACCAUGGUGUACCCCGAGCCAGGAUUUGAGCUGCACCGCAGGCAGGGUGAUACGCAUUACGCUCAGAUGUACACCGACGUUGGUGUCUACUAUGCACCUGCCUCCGUCUUGAGAGGCGAAGUGUUUGAUGGUUCAUUGGCUGUGCAACGAAUGGAGGAGUGGUUGAUUGAGAACCACGGUUUCCAACCACAAUAUGCUGUGUCUGAGUUAACCGAGAAGAACUUCUGGAGGAUGUUUGAUGCUGGGCUCUACGAGCACUGCAGGCGCAAGUAUAAGGCCAUAGGCACCUUCAUGAGCGUGUACUACAAAUCGAAGAAAGGAAGGAAGACCGAGAAGGAGGUGCAGGAUGCGGAGAAAGAGAAAGCUGAAGUCGAGACCCCUGACUGUGAUUAGUCUUUUGGCAUCGUCGUAUCGAUUUUAGGUUGGAGUUUGGAGUCGAAUGUCGUGGUUAGGAUUCAUGAGUUUGUGGCCAUUUGUCAUUUCUGUAGUUUUUCUGAUGUUUCUGUAUUUGAGAUUAGUACUCUGACUCUUUUUUAUCUGUGUGUUGGUGAGAGGUUGUAUUUCAGUUGUCAUAAGAGGCCAUAUUGAACUAAUUCAUGUUUUCUGGAAAUCUAAUGGUUUUUCAGCUUUAAUUGAAACAAGCCUCUUGAUUUUA